AUCUUCUGAAUCUUUACUUAGCAAGAUGGCACUUUCUUCUUCUCCAUCUUCUUCUUUCUCAUCAUCUUCAGCAGCCAUGUUUGCUUUAGCUUUUUUCAUGCUUUUGCUUGCAGGGAGUUCUUCGGCUCAACUCUCUGAGAACUUCUAUGUUAAGAAGUGUCCAAAGGUUUUUAACGCUGUAAAAUCUGUUGUUCAAUCUGCUGUGGCUAAAGAACCUCGCAUGGGAGCAUCUCUCCUUCGAGUCUUCUUUCAUGAUUGCUUUGUCAAUGGUUGUGAUGGAUCAGUACUACUUGAUGACACUUCCUCCUUCAAAGGAGAGAAGACUGCACCUCCCAACAAAAAUUCUUUGAGAGGUUAUGAAGUCAUUGAUGCCAUAAAGUCUAAGGUGGAGGCAGCAUGCCCCGGUGUGGUGUCAUGUGCUGAUAUUGUAGCCAUUGCUGCUCGUGACUCUGUUGCAAUUCUUGGAGGACCUUAUUGGAAGGUUAAACUUGGUAGAAGGGAUUCCAAGACAGCCAGUUUCAAUGAUGCAGGAAGUGGUGUAAUUCCACCUCCCUUUUCUACCCUUAGCAACCUUAUCUCAAGGUUUCAAGCUCAAGGACUCUCUACCAAGGACAUGGUUGCCUUAUCUGGAGCCCACACAAUUGGGAAGGCAAGAUGUGCUACUUACAAAGAUCGCAUAUACAAUGACACAAACAUAAACAGUUUAUUUGCUACGUCAAGGAAGAGGAACUGUCCAAGGAAAAGUGGGUCAGAAAGAGACAACAAUGUAGCAUACCUAGACUUCAAAACUCCAAACCAUUUUGAUAACUACUACUACAAGAACCUUAUCAACAAAAAGGGACUCCUUCAUUCAGACCAGGUGCUCUUCAGCGGAGGAUCUACUGAUUCAAUUGUUGCAGCUUACAGCAAUAAUCAGAAGGCCUUCGAGUCUGAUUUUGUUAGAGCAAUGAUUAAGAUGGGAAACAUCAAACCUUUAACUGGGUCUAAAGGGGAGAUUAGGAAGCACUGUGGGAGAGUCAAUUAGAGGACACAGAGAGAUAUAAUCAAGUAAAUUGUCUGUGUGGUAUGUGUGUAUACCCCAAAAGUGGGGGAGUUCAUCUGUUAACUAGGUGUUUUCUUGUGCCUUCAAAAAUUGUUUUGUUGUGAAGCUCAACAUAAAUUUUAAUGCAGUCAUUAAUGUAAGCAAUAAAUUGCAAAGUUUGUUUUGACAGAUA